AUGGGUGAUGUCAACAUCUCACAAUGAGACUUUACGAGAAGUUCGACUGAUAAACUUCUUCUCGGGUAUAACUCGGUCAUGCUUCUCUAGCGACUGCUAUAUUUCUGCCAGUCAUAAUGACCUCAGAAUUUAUUUCCCCAGUUUCCUGCACAUCCCGCCAUGUUCACCCAUCUACUGGUGUUGCUUUGCGUGUCUGUCUCCGUGAUUGCUACACCUGCUCCCGAACCCGACGUUGUAGUCGUCGCCAACGACGUGGGAGGCUGCACUUCGGGGUUCCCGGUGUGCUGUGCAGUUGUCAGUGACAAUUAUAGCGAAGGUGCAGGGUGUUUGAUGGUGCCUAACGUGAGCGCGUGCAAUAACUCAACGACGACCACACUCUGCUGCGAGGGCGUCAGCGCUAUAAAGAAGACCGGAAUAGCAGGGAAUUGCACUGCUUAGUUCUAGAGAUGUACAGCAUGUAUGCCAGUGUCUUCUGCGCCAUUAGAUAGUUGCAAGCAAAUGAUUUGCAGAAUAUGAUAUUGAUAUUAUGG